UGCUUAUAAUGGUUUUUUCGCCAAACGGUGAUUGAAAUUGUAAGUUAGGGCUCUUUUUUUGUUGUUGAUCAUCGCUGUCUCAGAUCCUCUCCUCUUUAGGGAAAAUCCCUUUUCUACUCUUAAAAGCUCUUCUGUUCUUUGAUUCUUCUCUCUCUCUCUCUCUCCCUCGUCUUUUGUGAUCGUUUUGGUUUCUUUUUCUUUCCCCUUUUUGCUGUCACCGUCGUUCUCGUUUCAGCUUUUCCGAUCUCCGAUCGAACGUUGAGUCUAACCAGCCACUUGGGUUACGACCUCUUCCCCGGUGAAAAGCUCUGUUCCACAGAGAAAUUUGAAAAUCUCUAGAAUUUGUUAAGGUGAUUUUUUUUUUUUUUUGAUGAUGGUGAUGACACAAAGUAUUGAGGUGUGAAGAAUAGUAUGGAAGUGAAAGAACAUCAAUAAAAAGAAUGACUUUUUACAUUCGCCGCGAAGCUUCUAAGCUAUGGAAGAGAGUUUGUUCGGAAAUAACGACAGAGAUUGGUCUCCUCGCCGACAACUGGAAAUACCUUCUCGCUGGUCUUCUCUGCCAGUACAUUCAUGGCUUAGCUGCUAGGGGAGUUCAUUAUAUUCAUAGGCCAGGACCAACACUUCAAGAUCUUGGAUACACUGUUCUUCCGGAGCUUGGUCAAGAUAAAAGCUAUAUAAGUGAAACUGUCUUCACUUGUGUUUUUCUUUCCUUUGUCCUGUGGACUUUCCAUCCUUUCAUCAUAAAAAGCAAGAAGAUAUACACUGUGUUGAUAUGGUGCAGGGUUCUCGCCUUCUUAGUUGCUUGUCAGUUUCUCCGAGUCAUAACGUUCUAUUCCACUCAGCUUCCUGGCCCUAACUAUCACUGUCGAGAGGGUUCUGAGCUUGCCAGGUUGCCACGGCCACAUAGCGUUCUUGAGGUUCUCUUGCUCAACUUUCCUCGUGGUGUGAUAUACGGAUGUGGAGAUUUGAUUUUCUCGUCUCAUAUGAUAUUCACACUAGUCUUUGUCCUCACUUACCAGAAGUACGGUUCUAAAAGGUUCAUAAAGCUGUUAGGUUGGGUCAUAGCUAUAUUGCAAAGCCUCUUGAUUAUCGCGUCACGCAAACAUUACACAGUCGAUGUUGUGGUUGCUUGGUAUACAGUGAACUUGGUUGUGUUCUUCCUCGACAAGAAACUACCAGAGUUGCCUGAUCGGACAACGGUGUUGCUUCCGGUGAGCUCAAAAGACAGAACCAAAGAAGAGAAUCACAAACUCUUGAACGGGAACGGUGUUGACCCUGCAGAUAGGAGACCUAGGGCUCAAGUUAAUGGUAAAGACAGCAAUGGAGGUCACAGUGAUAACGCUAACAAUAGCGCAUGAGAACGCAAGUUUAUUUUCAGAUCGUUAUGUUUUUGAUCAAUUUGAAUAUAUAGGAUUAUAAAUCCAGAAAGGAUCACGAACAAAAAAGACAGAGUCAGCUUGUACAUUUCACAGUUUCUUGCUUCUCAAGUAUGUCGAUGUUUGUGUAACACGAAACAAAUCUCUUUAUACAUAUUAACCAAUCCCAUUUUAGUU